AUGCCCGUCCGGAGGGGUCACAUAGCUCCGAAGAACACCUACAUUGAUACAAUUAUCAAAAAAUUUGACAAUCAGUAUGCCGCUUUUGUCAUUACCAAUUCCAAGAUAGACUUGCAUCCCAUUAUAUACUGCAGUGCUGACUUCUGUGACCUCUUCUCCUUUACCAAAGCGCAGCUGCUCCUGAAGUCGUCAAAUCUUUCAUUUUUAUGCGGCGAAAAAACAUCUUCCGAGUCCAUUCAAGCAUUGGCUGAUGGAUUGGUAUGUGAUCGAGAGACGAAGCUUCAGCUCAGUCUCUACACCAGAAAGGAUGAAGUCAGGCAGUGUGAAGUUACAAUUACUCCACUUACGGAUGAGUUUGGCCGCGUUUCACUACACAUAAUAUUUUUUGAGGCGGUCGAGGAAAUUCAUUCGGAGAAACGGCAGAUUCGAUGCGCCAGUGCAAGGCGCAUCUCCAGUAUUGCUACCAUGAUUUUCCAUCGUGGUAAGGAGCCGCCUAGAAGCAAUCUCAAACGCAUCCAUCAACUGAGUCAAUCCGUACUUCAUGAAUUACUACCCAAGGAGGUCGUUCUGAGCCGUCGACCAUCCGAGAACAUUCCUUCCGGAAACAAUCACAAGAUGUCAAUAUCUAGCCUCUUCAUUAACGACCUCAAAAGCCUCCCAGAGCCCGCCAACACGGAGAAAAGUGCUAGAUUUGAUUCAGCUAGCGUAGGAACAGCUAACUCUGUCACACUUCGUUCCUCGGUUCAAACCUCCCGUGCCUCUAUGGUUAACGAGCCAGUCAAAAAGCCAGAACUUCGUCCCAAAUCCUGUUCCAAUGCUCCACCAUUGUGGUCUGAUCAUCAAUCCUCUGAGACCGAGUCCACUACGGAUCGUGCGCGCCCAGCUUCAGCAGUUCUUGGUGGAAGGUGCAGUAGGUAUGCUCUACCCUCACUCCUGGCUCGUGGGAGUCGACUUAUAUCAGCGCCUGCGUCGCAGACAUCUAUUGUUCUUAGUGAUGCAGGGACUCUUCAGGUGGUGCUGGGGAAACAUGGGGACCAGGCGAAAUCGCAUGUCACAGACACCUUCGCGAAGAUUUUGUCACUGGACAAGGAUCUUCACGAGAAGCGCAAAUUGGAGUCAAAAAGGAUGCACAAGUACACCAUCAAGCACUACAGUCCGAUCCGAGCUGUGUGGGACUGGUUUAUUCUCCUUCUUGUCAUCUACACAGUCAUUUUCACGCCCUAUAUGACAGCAUUUCUUCUCAAUUACAAGGGUUUCAACUGCACUCACCCUCACCGCAGAUCGCCAGGUCAUCGGACCAUUUUGGGUACGGUGGACAUAAUGGUGGACAUUAUGUUUGUCUGCGACAUUAUCAUCAACUUCCGCACCACCUAUGUUAAUAAAAAUGACGAGGUGGUUUCUAAUCCCAAGAAGAUUGCAACACACUACCUCAAGGGCUGGUUCCUCAUCGAUCUUGUUGCCGCCAUCCCUUUUGAUGCGCUUUUCUUUCGGUCGCAGGAAAAACAGCCUACUGCGCUAAUCGGACUAUUAAAAUCGGCUCGUCUACUGCGCCUCAUCAACGUAGCUCGCAAGUUGGAUCGGUAUUCGGAGUAUGGCACUGCAAUUCUCGUCCUUCUCACCUCUGUCUUUGUUCUCAUUGCUCACUGGCUGGCUUGCAUCUGGUACGCGAUCGGUAACGCGGAGCACCAACACAGUUCCACGAAAAUCGGGUGGCUGGCGACCCUGGCGGAGCAGACACGACAGUUCUACAAUGAGAGCCCCUGCUCUGGACCCACUCUCCAAACGAAGUACAUAACCGCCCUCUACUUCACCUUCUCCAGCCUCACCUCCAUUGGUUUUGGCAAUGUCAGUCCCAACACCAAUGCGGAGAAGAUCUUCUCCAUUGUCGUAAUGCUUGUUGGGUCUCUUAUGUAUGCAAGCAUCUUUGGCAACGUCAGCGCCAUCAUUCAACGACUCUACAGCGGCACAGCGCGCUACCAUGCCCAGAUGCUACGCAUCAAAGAGUUCAUCCGCUUUCACCAGAUCCCGGGACCACUGAGGCAGCGAUUGGAGGAGUACUUCAUUCACGCGUGGGCUUACACUUACGGAAUCGACAUGAGUGUGGUUCAGCGCUCCUUCCCUGAAUGCCUCCAGUCGGAUAUUUGCAUGCAUGUUUACAAGACCAUGCUAAAGACAACCAGGGCCUUUGAAGGUGAGUUUGGUGGUUUUGCUUUCCACUUGAAAGGAUCCCUUUGUCUAGUGCUUUGUGGAAAUAACAAGAAUCAUCAAGUUAUUGAAAACAAUCUUCCAUUUAAAUAUGUUUUCUCUCAACCUGAUCAACUCCUCUGUCUCUCUGCCUGUCACGUGGUACAAUGUGUGGGGCGGCCCUCUCUGUUGUGGCGUCUUGGCAGCCAUAAGCUGAGCACGAUGCUGCUGCCUUCUGUUAGAGCCCGCUUUGUAGAAUUCCCAUCCGCGCCCUUGCCUCAAAGCGGCCGCUUUUAUGGCUCCAGCACCUGCGAUAAGUAG